AUGUCUGCUUCUGCUGUGAACCUGCCUGCUCACGAGGAUAUCCCUGACUCCGUCUCGGAUUCUUCCGAUAUCAGCAACGAGGAGGGUUGGGAAGAUGUUGAGCCCGAUGAGGAGUCGAACCCUGUUGUUGGGCUCUUCUCCGAACAAGUUUUCCCUGAUGCGCGCUCAAUGCUAAAGGAGUGUAAGGAGAAGUAUAACUUUGACUUGCUGAAGAUCCAGAAAGACCUUGGCUUGGACUUCCUCGACAAUAUCAAAUUGGUCAACUAUGUUCGCUCCGAGGUGAAGAAGGGAAACAACACCCCCGACUUUUCUUCCAAGUCCAAGUUCGAAGACGAUGCGUACCUGAAGCCCGUUUUGGAGGACGAUGCCCUUUUGUACAGCCUGGAUGACCUCGCUGAGGAGGGUGAAGAAUCUGCCCCUGGAACCGAGGCCGAGCGCCAGGUUCUUGAGCUCCAGGAGAACCUUGAGCGCCUCCAGACCCAAUUCUCUGAAUACCGUCUUGCUGUGCAACAGUCCAUGGAUGAUCAAUUGUCCAAGGAGGACCAGAAGCUUGCCGAAUCUACACCGAAGCCCUCAUCCCACGCUAUUGAUAGACACCAGGAGGCCGAAGAUGGUUACUUUGUCUCGUACGCCUACAACGCGAUCCACGAAUCCAUGCUAAAGGACAGUAUCCGCACCGACUCCUACCGUGAUUUCGUUUACGAAAACAAGCACGUUUUCAAGGACAAGGUUGUUCUUGACGUCGGCUGUGGAACUGGUAUCCUUUCCAUGUUCUGCGCCAAGGCUGGCGCAAAGAAGGUUAUUGCUGUGGACAACUCGAACAUCAUUGAUCGGGCCAAGGAAAUUGUUCACGACAAUGGCCUCGGAGAUGUAAUUACUUGCAUCCGUGGUAAGAUCGAAGAAGUUGCUCUGCCCGUGGAGAAGGUCGACAUCAUCAUCUCUGAGUGGAUGGGUUACGGUCUCCUCUUCGAGGCCAUGUUCGAUUCCGUUAUCUACGCCAGAGACCGCUACCUUGUUCCCGGAGGUCUCAUGGCUCCAUCGCACGCCACCCUGCGCGUUGCUCCCUAUGCUGACCCCGACUUCAUCGCCUCGCACAUCUCAUUCUGGCACAACGUCUACGGCUUCAAGAUGGACAGCAUGCUUCACAAGAUCUAUGACGAAGCUCUUGUUCGCAGUAACCAGCCUGAGACUAUUGUUGGAGAGGCCCAGACUUUCUACACCCUGCCUCUGCACACCAUCACCGUUGAGGAAUUAUCCUUCUUGAAGGAAUUCCAGGUUACUCUGAACCAGGACAUUGAUUCAUUGGACGGAUGGGCUAUCUGGUUCGACAUUUUCUUCAUGCCCUCCUGCGAGUCUGUUCUUCCCGAGGAUGCCAUUCCUACGGAAAUGCAAAAGAAGGGUAUUGUUUCCUUCACCACUGGUCCCCACGGAACCGAGACCCACUGGCAGCAGACUAUUUGUCUCAUUGACCAGGCCAAGCACAAGGCUCAACCCCUCAAGAAGGGCCAGACCAUCUCCGGCAAGGUUGGCUAUGAGAAGACAGAGAAGGGCGCUCGUGGUGUUGACAUCAGCGUCCAGUGGGACUCCGACGCCGAGAAGGGCGUCCAGCUCUGGAGCCUCCUGUAA